UAUAAACCAGUAGUGCUACACAGCAGCAAUGAAACAGAUCGCCCUGUGCUUCAGCUGUAAACCGGGUGUCUGUUUAAAGCCUUUCUACACAAAAUGAGGAACCUGACUGUGUGUGUGCUCGCCCUAGCGCUGAUGGCACAAGCCGUUGUGUCUCUGGAGUGUUAUUACUGCCCUAAUGGAGGAAGAUGCUCCACCACUGAGAAAUGUAGGAUGAACCAGGAUCAAUGUAUUACAAUGUUCUUCCCUUCCACUGGUAAAUUCGCUAAGCGAUGCUCCUCGACGUACGAAUGUCAAAUCUUGAUGGCCAUGGGGGGGUCUGCAGUGCAGGUCAUUUGCUGCGACUCAAACCGGUGCAACCAAUAGACAGGAGCUCCUGCACUCUCAAAACCAACACCAGCAGGAUGUCCCUCUCCCCCUGCAGUGUGACUGGAAAUCCUCACUGAGGGGCCUUGUUAUCAUCUCUCUCUCCCACUUUAUUCUUAUUUUAGAGAAGAACACGUAUUAACUGUGGA